CCCGCCUGGGCCGCCUUUCUCCGCCUUGCGAGCCCCUCGUUUCCUGCUGCUGGCGGAGGCCGAGGGAGAAGGUGGCGGUGGAGGCGGUGACGGAAAGAAAAGUGCCCCGGAGCCGGAGAAGCGGUCGCCUCCAGCCCCGCUCGUCCCCGAAGGAAACCAGCGUCGCCGCCGCCGCCCCUUCUUCCUCCUGCGCCCCGCUGCCUCCCAGCUCUCCGGCUUCCUUUUUUUUUCUUCCGUUCGCCCCCACCCAAGUUUCCCCUCUGCAGCUCCUGGACUCCCUGCCUCCCACCCACUCGCCCACCCAGGACAAUAGAGCGGGAGAUGUCCUCCUCCGGUGGCCACCAGCAAAGCCAGAGCCGCGCCAUCCCCACCAGGACGGUGCCCAUCAGCGACUCCUCGCAGCUACCUCAUGACUAUUGCACCACGCCCGGGGGGACCCUCUUCUCCACCACGCCCGGAGGUACCAGAAUCAUUUACGACCGCAAGUUUCUGUUAGAUCGGCGCAAUUCUCCCAUGGCUCAAACCCCUCCUUGCCACCUUCCCAAUAUCCCAGGAGUUACCAGUCCUGGUUCUGUGACAGAAGAUUCCAAAGUGGAAGUAAAUAAUCUGAACAAUCAUGAUGGGAAGCCUAUAAUUGGUGAUGAUGCUCAGUUUGAGAUGGACAUCUGAUUUUCCCUGAGGGUAACCAUGGAGAAACAGCAAUUCCUGAUCACCUGCGUACAUCUGAUUUUGACCAUCAGGAUCAAUAACUCGAAGGAUGAAAGAAGAAGAAGUAGAAGCUGCUGUUUCCACAGAAUUUUCACUUCAACUUUUGAAGUGCCAAAGGAUAAGAGGACUCUCCUUGAUUUCCAUUAACCAUACCAUGCUUCCUACCCAUCCCCUACUCCUCUGCUUGCCUUACUCACUCCCUAUAACUGACUUGGAGCCCAUGAUAAAUUUAUAUGGCUAAGGAGUGUCCCUUGGCUUCUCGCACUUUAGAGACAACUUUUCAAAACAUGCACAUGCGAGAAUUUAACUUCUAUCAACAAUUGGAUAUUUAUUGCAAAACACACAAGGGGCAUGGAAAGGGUGGAUAUAUGUUUGAAGUGACAUGACACUGCCAUUGUUCUCCUUUCCCUUAACUGCUGUUAAAUUGAUGUCAAUUUAUUAACUUGAUUUCUAUGUUAUAUCUCCUUUGACGUGCAGAAUGCACUCUCUUUCUAAAUCCUGUUACUCAACUUUUCUUUUUUAGUUAGUAUACCCUUUCAUGUGGGAAGCUGCUAUGAGAUUUUCCUAAAAGAGUAUUGGAGUUUUUUCUGCUUCCCCUGAAAUUUUUUUUUUUUAAAAAAAGAUAAAUAAUUUAGAACCAUCACUUCAUUAUGCAUUCAUUUCACUUUGUAUUUCGUCCCAAUAUCAUUUCCCCCCCCACCCGAAAAAAAAAAGUUUCUCUCCGAUUUCCUCAUUUAAACCCACCAGUGUUAAAAGCGAACCAGAUCUUUUCCUAAUUGGGGAGUAUUUUGCUUGAUUGAUUUCUGAACCAGUGUUUCUCAAACUUGGCAAUUUUAAGCUGUGAGGAGUUCAACUCCCAGAAUUCUGGGAGCUGGUCAACACAGCUUAUAAAGUUGCUAAGGUUGAGAGACACUGUUCUGUACUAUUUGUCUACAUUCUUUAAUUUUUGCUGUUCAGUAACAUCUGGUGGGUUCUUUGCAAGUGCAUUUUUGUUCCAAAAGAAUUAAAUAAAGCAACCUGGUUACGCUUAACUAAGAGAAACACAACAAAAAAUGAAAAUUGUGAAAAAGUCUUGUAUGGACCAGGGAACCUUAAAGAAUCAAUUAUUAAGAUGUUAAGUGCUGAUUUCAUGAUGUGUGACUUCAAAUGAAUUUGAAAUGGUGACUGAUCAGAAAGAUUUCACUGCAUUUUUCGAACAAGAUCUAUUUGUUUCUUGGUUACUAUCCUCUGCACAUUUCUUGAAUUCAUACAUUAUUAAAUCAGACACCUUGGAGCCUAUUGCAGAUUCACUGUCACUAUGGAGGAAGAGUUGCUGGUGAUCUCACUUCAUUCUCUUUAUUUGGAUAUAUUCGCCAUUUCCCACAUACUGGUGACCCAACUCCUAACUUGAUUAGUUCUGGCAUAAGUGAACUUGUGCUGUUUGCCUGGAAUUGUUGCAGAGAGCAAAUAGGAUCUCUCUUUGUAGGUAUUCAUUGGCAAUUGAGGUCUCUUUGUGAAGAAACCAGUUACUGCGAAAGGGAAAAUUGGUGGAUCAUUUUAACACAGCCCGUGGAUGAAUCCAUGCAAUGGCUGCAGGGCCCCUUGAUACUUGGCACCAUGAGAAUGCUGCCAUGUUAGAUUGUUUUAUUGUCUAGCCCAGGGAUCUCCAAACUUGGCAACUUUAAGACUUCAUGUCCCAGAAUUCCUCAGACAAUAAUGAAUUCUGAGAGUUGAAGUCCACAAAUCUUUAAAAGUUGGCAAGUUUGGAGACCCCUGGCCUAGGCUAAUGGAAUAAUAAAAACCUCUUUGCUUGAUUUAAAAGUAUGUCACCAUAGAUGGAAAGCAGAGUUUUUCCCAAAAGUUAAUUAUUUUACGACCCAGACUGAACAAAAACUACAGUGAUAACAACGAAAGAUAUAUUUCCUUCUUUUAGAAGAGGGAAUGCUGCUUAAGACAAUGCUUGCUGUGACCUCACACACAUGAACUAGAAUUUUUUUUAAAAAAAAUAGCACACUCACACUGAAAUUUCUGGAUGCUUGUCCCUGUCUUCAGUCAGGCUUUCCUCUGUAAUUUUAUUUUGAAAAUGAAGCCUCUGAGGCAAGGAUAAGCUACCAUGACCCAUCCAGAUGUCAUUAGACUGCAACUCCCAUUAUCUCUGUCUAUUGGUCUUGCUAUCUCAGGCUGAUGGGGGUUAGAAAUUCUGCUGUUCUAAGAUUCUUGCUUCUCUAAAAUAUUUGAUGAGUGUUGCCUCUGAUUCCUUUAGGAAGUCUUCCAAGAGUGAUUCAUGUGCUACCUCAAAAAUAGAAUGACUGAAUUGUGCUAGUUUCCCUAGUGGGGAGAUCACACUGAUGUGGCAAUUUUGCACAUGGAUUUUAUUAUUCAGGCAUAAUUGGGAGUGGAAGUGAUACAGCCUCAGGGAAUGUGGCAACUAUACUUGUUUUUAAUGUAGGCUUCACUUCUAGAAGAAUAUCUGAGAAUAUGCUCGUCCUAUUGGAUUUUGGCCUAUAAAAUGACAUAAUGGAUUUCAGGUCAGUUCUUGAACUCACCUGUAUUUUCAAAUCUGGGAAUUGACUUUGGCUCUUAAUUCUCUUUAUAAAUUGGCAACUUAUCAUAAUUGACUGGAUUUUAAAAGGAGGGGGGGUGUCAUGAUUUAAAAUGUAGGAUAUGGGCUUUUGCUUCCCCUCUGCCUUUGUGGUAGCUUUGGAGGCAUGUAAGAAAGACAGGAUUUUAUUUUGUUUCGCCUACUGUAAAAUGUGAAUAAUACAGAAGCAAAAUUGCUUUGUAACUGUUGAUGUCUCAGGAAUAAUUUGUAAUGUCUCUGGGGAAAUAUUGUUGCUUCUAAAGUGGUGACAGUGCUGUGACUAAGCUGUGGCUCAUGAAGGGAAGAAUCCCUUGAAGUGCAGCAUAAGCGUCUGGAUUUGGGCAGAGGAGACUGCGUGUUCAGUCAUAAAUCAACACAGACAGUUCCAGUGUUUCUGCCUGGAACCUCACUUCAUUGGCAGUUCAGUUGAUGGGAGAGGAGAGAUACAUCUUUACUUGGCAGAUCUAGGCAAAACUGAAGUUUUAAAUCACAAUCCCAGUUCAGCUAAUUCCAGGGAGGGAAGGAGAGGGUAAGAACAGAGUUUUAGGGGCUCCUAACAGGUCUUGUUCUCAUUGUAGUAUUUUUGAAGAUAUUUGAAACUUGGGAGUUAACUUUAGUAUGUUACUUUUUCCCUUCUAAUGGUUUAACUAGUAAAAUGCCAUUAAUAGGACACUUUUUUCACAAUUAAAAAAAUACUUCUUUAUCAGAGAAUUCCAUGAGAUUUUCACAAAUCGGAUGCUGCUCGUAAAAAACUGAUUCAUCUGAAGUCUGUUCUAUAUAAACAUAGCUGAAGAAAGGAGUGUUCCAGAGGGAAGGAUUGAUCUGUAGUCUGAGUGAAGAGAUUUCUCUUGUACUAUAGGAUUCCUCAUGUAUUUGGAUAAACUCUUCUGAUCUUUGCUGCAGUUUUCCCCAAUUUAUAAAAUUGAGCCAGUACACUCAUACCUUGCAGAUAGUUCUGAGAAAAUAAUGAGUGUCAAUAAGAAACAAAUAACAUUCCAUUUCCCUAAAACUUAGAAAAUUGGUUCAGUCGUGGCAAUUUUCUCUCCCGUGCCUUCUGGAUUGUACCUCCUAUCCUUGUCUAUGAAUAAAGCUGCAUUUUAUAAUAGAAGAAGAGAAAGCUAUUAGAGAAAUCCUUUUUUGCUUUCUUCUGCAGAGUUUAUCCCCCUAGCACAGUAUAGUUCUCAGUCUCCUUUUAACGCAGCCAAACUUGAAGAGAAGACUAAGACGUAAUAAUGCUAGGCACUUAAAAUGUUUGUAGCAGAAUUUUAUUACUUGAAAAAUUUCCAUCCAGUAGCUGAAAGAAUAGAAAUAAUUGCUACCCUGUUUUGCGGUCCUUCAAAUUCAGAACCACAAUCUCCGUUAUCAGUAAAUUAGUGUUGUAUCUCUUCUAAAGAGAGGCCUCCAGUGCUAUAUAUGAUCUUUUUUUUUUUUUUUGAAAGAAACUUUGGAGUAGGUAUACAUUUUAAGCACUAUUGUGAGCUAAGUGAAUCCAUGGCAAACAUCUGAGGUAAGUAAGGCUGCAGGCUUUAGUCAAUUCAUUUUUUUGCUAACUAAAAGGAGUAGAUUUAUAUCUGGUGUAGAACAUGCUUUCCUUUAUUUUUUCUGCCAUUUUCUUAAGACUUCAUAUCAAAAUACUAUACAGAUGUAAUCAACGGAAUGAAAAUUAUUAAUUAAAAUUCAUUUAUUGAGUCUGUCUUUUGGAUUUAUGUAGGAUUAGGCCAGCAGACAAAUAGAGGGAUAUCUCUGAGGGAAUAGAGGAGGGGUAGGCAACCUUGGCUCUUUUAUAACUCGUGGACUGGCUCAGGAAUUCUGGGAAUUGAAGUCCACCAGUCAUAAAAGAGCCAAGGUUACCUACCCCUAGUAUAGUACUAUAGUAGAAGAAACUGGUUGAAAUUCUGGGAGUUGAAGUCCACGAGUCAUAAAAGAGCCAAGGUUGCCUACCCCUGGAAUAGAAAAAGUGGAAGGUGAUUGUGAUAGAAGCUCCUUUUUAAGAUCUUGUACAAUGCAGCACGUGAAAAAAAGGGAUGAGACUUCAGUCGCAACUGCUAUCUUGACCAGUGUUAUCUGGCUGGGAAAUUCUGGGAAUUGAAAUCCACAUAUCUUCUAAUUGCCAAGGUUGAGAAACAUAGAACUUGACCUUUGGCAAAACUAGCCAUAUUCUACCAGUAGUUGUGCAUGUGCUAGUUGAAAGAUCAAAUAAGGAUGUCUAGUCUUAAGGAAGUUGAGCUUUGCAAAUAGCUUUUGCAGGUGGAAGGAUUUUAUGUGACAUUUGCACAAAAGGAUUUCGGCAAUCAGUGGCAGAAGUUUUGUACUAGGAGAUAGACAUCUUAAGAUGUCAUAUUUUCUUUAUGAAAAACUAAUAAUGAUAAGUUGGAGCAGCUUGUCUAUGCUGGAGCCUCUCAACUUUCCAGAUAGUAAUCUGAAAGCCUGAAUGACCAGAAAAACUAUUUACAUCAGUAUCUUAUUUAAAAAACAAAACAAAACAGCAAGGAUCCAUCUAGAUAAUGUGUAGUAAUGGUGAACCACAUCCACUGAACCACAAGUCAGCCUCGUACUAAGUACAUAUUUAAAAACAUUUUACUGGAAGUACUGGGAUUCCAUGCAUUGGGUUGAACACUUGUGCAAAAAUGUAGCAACUCACAUAUGCUGAAGAAUGAGUAAAUGCAGCACAUACAUAUGGUAGAAAAUAACACAAGACUGAAUUGUAAUAGGUUGUUUGCAGUCCUUUGCUAAUUCGGUUUCCAAAGUCUAGACUUGCUUGGCAAGAAAAUCAAGCAAGGGGUUCAGUUUUUAUUUAUUUCCAUCCCCUCAGAUUAUGUGAAACCAUUGAAUAUUUGAUUGAUGUUUUAUUUCUUUAUUAUUGUGCUUAACAAUGCAAUUAAUUCCACAUAACUGUUCUUUGUGGCAAAAAAAAUAAAUCAGAAUUCUGAUCUUCCAUCCUGUUAGCUACAGCAUUCCGAAUUGGUAUGUUGAUUUAAAAAAAAAAACCUUUUGCAGUUCAAUUGUUUAGACCAAUGUUUGAUGCUGGCUAGGAAAUUUGAGGAGUUUAGGUCCAUCCAUCUAAAAGUUGCUGAGGUUGACAAAUCAUGGUCUAGACUGCUUUUGAUAUCCUGGUUAUUUGCUGGUUUUCAAAAAAAAAAGAAUGGAGGAUAGACAGUUGGACUGAAAUAUUUUAGGUAUAGUAGGAACAGUAGAUUUAAAAUAUUUUAAACACUUGCUAUGGCUCAUCAUUACUGUCAGGAAUGUCUGUUACAAGAACUUUUGUACAGAGAACUAAUAAAGGAUGUUUAUAGGGGCCUUGGAAAAUCUCCAGUGUUAUGGCUAAAAUAUUAUCUAUUUUGACUCCCGAGAUGCCAUUUGGAACAGAUCCAUGGUAAGUUGCCCUUGCUUUCACCAAAGAUAAUGUGCUCAAUGCAUCAAUGAGGAUUUUUAGGGCCCAACUUAAGAGCUCACAAUUCUGCCACCGUCUCUGGCAUUUGUUUACUGGUGUUCCAGUCUUUCAGCCAGGAGGCUACAUUUUUUUUUCUGUAAUAAGGCUGAGCAAAAAAUGAAUCGGGAUCUACUAGAAGAUGGGCAAGGAUUUUUGACUAGGUAUUGAACAAUAACAAGACCCUUUACCUCUAAGAAAAAGCAUGCUUGUGUAGAUAAUUUGUGUGAGACUACUUGUCUGAAAAAAACAAACAUUCUUUUAAUUCUCUGUACUUGUCUGCCUGAGUGAUUGGUUUUGGCCUGGCUCUAGGUCAGGAGUCUUCAAAAUUGCCAACUCUAAGACUUGUGGACUUCAACUCCUAGAAUUCCUCAGGCAGCCCUCAAUUCUGGGAGUUGAAGUCUACAAGUGUUAAAAGUUAGGUUUGAAGACCCCUGCUCUAGGUGAAUCUUGAUAGUUGUGGCUGAGAGACUGAAUAGAUAGAUAUUUUGCAAGUUAGUGACCUGCUUGCAGCUAUCUUCAUCAUGGAAGAAGCACCUGGAAUGCUGAUUUCCACAUCAAACUUUGUCCUAGAUCAGUGUUUCUCAACCUUGACAAUUUUAAGGCAUGUGGACUUCAACAUUGCUGGCUGGAAUUCUGGGAGUUGAAGUCCACAUGCCUUAAAAUUGUCAAGGUUGAGAAACACUGUCCUAGAUCUCUAGUAUUUAGUCCAUGUCCCCCUCAAUUGUCUGCUCUUCACCACCCUUAUGGUUCCCAUCUGUAUAUUUGCAACUCAACUGGUGCUUUCCCACCAUUCAUGGGUCUCUCCUUGAUAUUUCAUUAAUUGGGCAGUUAAGUUUUGUUGCAUUGAGUUCUCAGUAGACCUAAGGACUGUGUUAAAGCUUUCUGUAUUAGUUCUGAACUUAGUACCAAACACCAUUUCAGUCUUGUCUCCCGUCCCAUUUUUCUCCUAAUCUUAUCUCACCAAAUAGAUUUUGCGGAUGGAUGUAAAAGUGAGAUUUAUCCCUGCAUUUGUCUUUCAGUGUAAUCUUUCAGUUAAUUUUCACAGUGGUGAGGAGUCCAUGAAGGACGUUUUGAUAGGCAUGUCUCUCUGAAGGCUAUUGUUUCCACUUGUGGCUAAGGAAUUAGAGUUCAAAGAACAGGUAACAAUAAAUUCUAAUGCAGAUGUUGCAUGGUGAUAGAUUGUGUGAACACGUUGACUCUCACCCUGCAAUUUCACUGGGAUGUGGCAGGUUGGAAGAUUUGCGUUUGCUGAUCACCUGCAAAACUAGGUAACUCUUGGAACAUGAAAGAGAAUUCUACUGUGGAGAGAGGAUGAAUGCAAAAAUAAUAUAUAUGCAUAUGGGUGAAUAUAUACAUCCCAAUAUAUAUAUAGAUAUAUGUUUGUGUGUGUAAAUUACUUUUAGAAAAAAUAACAUUAGGGAAAAUGCUUUAGGUUGAUUAUGAGAUAUUAUCUGGCUUAGCUGAUGAUGUUUCAUACACUUGACUUUACAAGCAUCAACAAUAAUUCAUCUAAUGUGGAAAUCCAUGUUAUAAGGACCAGUUGUUUAUAAAAUGGUUGUAAAUCAAACAAGAUGUGGGAAAAUCAAUCGGCACCUUCAUCCCUGUUUAUCUGAGGAACACAAAACUACCUUGCUCCCCCUCCAUCUUCCUUCUGUUGCCUAAUUCACUGCAUGAGGAUGGCAAACCAGUGUGCCUUUCUUUGCCUUAAGUGGGUGAAGUUCUCCUUCAGACAUUACAUGGCAGCUUGUUUUCUAUCUUAUUUGUUAGCGCUGAAGUAAGAGUAGAGGCUGCUGCCAAAAAAGUUACUGAAUGUUCUUAAUAUAUUUUAAAAACUAGUAUCUUCCCCUGUUCCUUUUUUUUUUUUUUUUUUUUUGGCUAUCAUCCAUGUUUAACUGAACCCCAGGAUUCUUGUUUUUACCAUCAAUGGUUGUCUGAAAAAUCCUUGGGUACUUCUGUACUUAUCUGAUUUUUAUUGAAACAGGUGUUCAGGAAAACACUCUCGCCAAUGGUUGCUGUUACAGUGAGAUCAAUAAAGACCUUGAUUAUAUCAAA